GGCCCUGGGGCUGCGCUCCUGGAGGCGAGUUCCGGGAGCAGAGAACCGGGAGCCGGUGCGGCGCGAGGCUCCUCCGGGAACGGGAGGGACUUGUUGGGGAGACCUCUCCCGGGAGCCUCCACUCACAGGCGUGCUCGCGACCCGGAGGCCCCAGGGCCCGACGGCGGAAGGGAUAGUCCGCGAGUUGGGGAGAGGUGAUGGUGAGCCUCAGGAAGGACCAGCACCGCUGGUGCUCGGGGCUUGAAUUCGAGGAAGGCUGGGUUUGCCAGGCGCCCCCCGGUGGCCGCGGGUCUGCCAUGCUAUACCCCUCUCGGCAGGUUAAGCGGAGGCAGAGCACCCCGAGCUCCAGGUUCCGCGGUGCAGCAACUCAGUGUGACCCAUUUGACGAACGGACCUGGCAGCCCAGCCCUGAAGUUACCGUGGGGAGGCGAAGUGAGGCGUACCCCCAAAACGCACACACAGAGGUGCACUUGUCUCCUCGAGACGCAAAAGACGUUUUUAUAUUUUUUGAAAUUUCCAAAACGUGUAUAAGCACAUGCUCCCCAUCGGAAAACCGACAGGGUGUGACUCGGAGGCCGGCGCCAGUCCGGCAGCGCCGCGCUGCCCCGUGCCUCUGGCUGCUGCGGCCCCUCUGCGCCCAGCUGCCGUCGGAGGUCCGAACUCCGCUCACGCAGAUGCGGCUAGGAGGCGGCUGACAGCGGGCCGGGCGUCCCUCGCCGGCGGGCUCGCUGACACCCUCCCUCCGCCGCGGACCGGCCGCACUUCCCCAGAUCAGCACCGGCGGCCUCAAGGCGUCCCACCUGGCAGGCGCGCGGAUCCCUACGCAGGCCCAAGUGGGCCACCCUGGCAACGGUUGCUUGGGGGCGGGGCUCAGCCGCGGAACCGAGACGCCCUGGCUCGUGAAUAUUUGGGUAUUCAAAUGAGGCCCCGCCCCGUUGCCAUGACUCCAGAGCUCGCAACCACGCGGCGAAAAGAACAGCUCCAAGUCAAGAGAGCGCCCGCGGCAGAGGGGCCCAGGGCCGCGCCCGCAGGGCCGGGCACCCUGCCCACCCUUAAGGUUGGAUGUGGAUGGACCCAGCCUGGAAUGGAUCCCAGGGUCCUCGGCCACAUACAGCCAGUGUCCAUGUACGGGAGCUGAGUUGGCAGGGCCUGCACAACCCCUGCCCACAGAGCAAGGCCCUGGGCAGCCAUGGAGACAGCUACAGGCAGCAACUGGUGGAGCACCUGUCCCCUGCUCGACUGCAGGUCCUGGCCCAGGUGGACGACCUCCGGCUGGUGCGGGUGCUGGAGAUGUGUGUGGACACCCGUGAGAACAGCCUGGGAAACUUCGGAGUUCACCUGCCCAACCUGGACCAGCUGAAGUUGAACGGCAGCCGCCUGGGCUCUCUCAGAGACCUGGGCACCUCUCUGAGCCACCUACAGGUGCUGUGGCUGGCUCGCUGUGGCCUGACAGACCUGGACGGCAUUGGCUCCUUCCCGGUGCUAAAGGAACUCUACGUCUCCUACAACAGUAUCUCGGACCUGAGCCCACUGUGCCUGCUGGAGCAGCUGGAGGUGCUGGACCUGGAGGGCAACAGCGUGGAGGACCUGGGGCAGGUGGGCUGCCUACGGCUGUGCCCAAGGCUCACCACACUCACCCUGGAGGGCAACCUGGUGUGCCUGCAGCCAGCCCCUGGCCACUCCAACAAGGCACCCCAGGAUUAUAACUACAGGGUGGAGGUGAGGAAGCUCAUCCCCCAGCUGCAAGUGCUGGAUGAGGUGUCCACCAUGCACACUGACCUGCCUGCCACCCAGGAGCUGAGCCAGGACUGGCUCAUGGUGAAGGAGGCCAUCAAGGAAGGCCGUGUGCUCGACAGUCUCCUCCCCCCACAGGAUGUUCCCUUUGGAGCCACUAUGCGGAAACUUGAUCCAGCACUCUCCCUACCUGAGACCAAGCCCUGGGCCCUGUCCCUCUGGGUCCCUGGGGGCCCCCUGCCUGAAUGCCUGCUUCCAAAGGACCUGGCCCCAGAAGACCACACCAGCAACCUCACCCAUGGUGCUGGUCAAGUCCUCUGUGGGAACCCCAUCAAAGGCCUGAGGGAACGUAGGCGUCAGAACCAGGACUGGGCACCCGUGGAGCAGCUGCCUCCACACAAGUCACAUCUGGCCACCAGCCCCUUGGUGGGGCUUCAGGCCUGGAGGGAGCAUGGCCUGUGUCCCCAUCCCCACAGGCAGAUGGAAUCCCAGCAGGAAGCGGCUGCAGCCCCCCAGGACCCACAGAGGUCCCCUGAAGAGCAAGAGGACCAGGUUGGACCCAAGACUUUCCCCAGUCCCAUGAGCCUGGCCACAGAGCUUUCCAGGACCUUGGACUUUCACCUGAUCCCAUCUCCCCCCAAGUACCCAAUGCCACCUGAUUCUGGCAGUGGCUCCCCCAGGAGAUCUGCAGACCUGCCUCUCAGAGGACGAAGGCUCAGAGCCCUGGGCAACCCGGGGGGAGCCCUGGAGGUGGCCUCAGGCCCCAGUGCUCAAGCCCAGGGGCGCCCAGACCCAAAGCCAACGUGAGAUCCAGCAGCCAGACAUCCAGGCCUCUGCUCCCUGCCCCACCUGAACCCUGUCGCCCCCACCCACUCCCACCCUUAGUGUAAGCCCCCACCCACUGCCAGGCUUGCCUGCACUGGGGCCAGGGGUGCCGUGAGGUCAUGGGAGCCCCAGGAGGGCUACGUCUUCAUAGGCCCUGGAGCAUCUCGACAGGUGUGGGGGUGGAGAGUGGGUCUGGCCCUGGUGAAGGGGAAUCCUGGGUUGCGACCAGCCAGCAGGCAGCAGAGGCCAGACUCAGGUUAGGUCCCAGGACAGGGAGAGCCCAAGCUCCCCCUCACGCCUCAGCUGCCUACCCUCCCACAGGGCCUAGCCUUCCCAGGAGAAAUGCACAAAGGGGCAGGCCUGGGUCAGGGGCAGGCCUAGACAGGUGGAGGGACCUGGAGUUGGGCUCUCCAGGUGUCUCAGGGCUCCAAGCCAUUCUCUCCAUGGAUGCAGCCCAGAGUCCUAACUGCUGGCCCUAGGCUGCCCAGGGCAAAGCCAGGCCUCCCAUCCCUGGCAGAUUUGUGUGGUUCCCCUUGAGAGGCUGGGAGGUGCAGGUCCCUCCUCUUGGGGCAUGAUGCCCCAAAACACAGGAGAAUCAUUUUCAACUUUCAGGUGUACAGAAAUGCAGUUUACUUUGUAGGCAAUGUUGGUUCAAUAAAUUAUGCAGCUGGCA